AUGGCCAGAUUGCUGGAGAAGAUGAUUCUCUUGGAAACCUCAACAGCCCAGCCUCCUCAUCUGCUGAUUCAUGGAGGGCAGCUGUUAAAUGGUUUGGCGGGGCCAACUGUGAUGAAUGCGGCACCAUUUCUUUCCACAACAUGGUUUUCUCCAGAUGAACGUGCCACCGCAACAGCCGUCGCAUCACUGCUCAGUUACCUGGGCGCUGCUGGCGCGUUUCUAGUGGGACCUCUUGUAGUGCCAUCUCCUAAUGGAACAUCUCACCUCCCCCUGGUAUCACAGAGCAACACUGAGCACAUCAAGGACCGUAUUGAGGCUGUGCUGUAUGCAGAAUUUGGAAUGGUUUCACUGAUAUUUUCUGCAGCGUUGGCCUACUUCCCCUCGCGCCCUCCAUUCCCUCCCAGCGUGGCUGCAGCGAGUCAACGGCUCAGCUACAGGAGAAGUUUUUGCAGACUCUUAAGCAAUUUCCGAUUCUUGAUGAUUGCUUUAGCUUAUGCUAUACCACUGGGUGUUUUUUCUGGCUGGUCUGGUGUUCUGGAUUUGAUAUUAACGCCAGUUCACGUAAGCCAAGUAGAUGCAGGCUGGAUUGGAUUUUGGUCUGUAGUUGGAGGUUGUGUUGUUGGCAUAGCAAUGGCAAGAUUUGCAGAUUUUAUCAGGGGCAUGCUGAAGUUUAUACUGCUGCUGCUUUUAUCUGGAGCAACGUUAGCAUCAACCUGGUUCACUCUCACCUGUCUAACUAGUGUUACUCAUCUGCCUUUAACCACAG